AGGAAUGCAAAAGGAACAGGAUUUUUGAAAGCAGGAAGCCGAAAGGGAUCUCCAUAAGAUGAAUUUCACCCAGCAUCGUGGGACACUCCAGCCUCUCCAUUUCUGGAACCACAGCUACAGACUUCAUGGAGGAGCCAGCGAGCCCAAUGCGAAGGGCCACUCCUCAGGAGGCUGCUACGAGCAACUCUUUGUAUCCCCUGAAGUGUUUGUGACUCUGGGCAUCAUCAGCUUGCUGGAGAAUGUGCUGGUCAUUGUGGCGAUAGCCAAGAACAAGAACCUCCAUUCACCCAUGUACUUCUUCAUCUGUAGCUUGGCAGUGGCUGACAUGCUAGUGAGUGUAUCUAAUGGAUCAGAAACCAUUGUCAUCACGCUGCUAAACAACACAGACACAGAUGCACAGAGCUUUACCAUAAACAUUGACAAUGUCAUCGACUCAGUCAUUUGCAGUUCCUUGCUUGCAUCAAUUUGCAGUCUCCUCUCAAUAGCAGUGGACAGGUACUUUACGAUCUUUUACGCCCUCCAGUACCAUAAUAUCAUGACGGUGAAGCGUGUAGGGGUUAUCAUCACAUGCAUCUGGGCUGCUUGCACAGUCUCAGGCAUUUUGUUCAUCAUUUAUUCUGAUAGCAGUGUUGUCAUCAUCUGCCUAAUCAGCAUGUUCUUCACUAUGCUCAUUCUCAUGGCAUCCCUCUAUGUCCACAUGUUUAUGAUGGCUCGUAUGCACAUAAAAAAGAUUGCUGUUCUCCCAGGGACUGGCCCUGUUCGCCAAGGGGCCAACAUGAAAGGGGCCAUCACUCUCACCAUCCUGAUUGGAGUUUUUGUUGUGUGCUGGGCUCCAUUUUUCCUGCACCUGAUUUUCUACAUCUCCUGCCCCUACAACCCUUACUGUGUGUGCUUCAUGUCCCACUUUAAUUUCUACCUCAUCCUCAUCAUGUGCAAUUCCAUCAUCGAUCCACUUAUCUAUGCAUUCCGGAGUCAGGAGCUCAGGAAAACAUUCAAGGAGAUUAUAUGCUGCUGUAGCCUGAGAGGGCUUUGUGAUUUCCCUGGCAAAUAUUAA